AUGGCCCCGCCGAAGCCGAACACUUCGCCACCGAAGAAAGCCGUCAUCAUACACAACAUUGCCAAGUCAGGUAGCCCACCUCAUUUCAUCUUGUUACAGAAUGAAACUCACCGGUUCAAGUUGGUCAUCAUGACCAUCCCUCCGGGCGGAGAGAUUGGUGAGGAGACGCAUACAGUCGACCAGCACCUAUAUUUCGUGUCGGGUACUGCCCGGUGCAUCACAGAUGGUUCCCAUAAGGAUGAGAUCAAUCCAGGAGACCACGUCAUCAUACCUUCUGGGACGCUGCACAACUUCAUCAACACAGGCCCAACGCCCUUGAUCGUGUCAACGGUAUAUGCACCAGCAGAGCACAAGGCGGACACUGUCCAUGAUUCGCUCGAACAAGGAGAAAAGCUUGAAGAAGAAGGUAAAGACGAACCCCCGCAAUGGGCGAAAGAAUAG